CCAUUUUGACACCGACACCGGCGGAGCAGCAGCGGCCCGCAGCGUCUGAAGCGGCCGGCGGAGACACACGCUCCUCGGCGAAGAGUCGCUCCGAGUCCCGGUGCUCGGCGCUCGGUGCUCGGCCUGAAGCAGCUCGUUUGUCGACGGAGGCGCAUCAGUGAGGAUUUAACGUUUUUCUCCGGCGAAAUCUCUCCAUUGAGCGGAGGAGGAGGAAGAGGAGGAGGAGGAGGAAGAGGAGGCUCAGGUUCUCAGCAACAAUGCUGCAGUGAGCAUGCUCAGAGUGCUGAUCGUUACCAUGGCGAUAUUUGGCGGCGGCCAGACGUGUGGCGGUCAGGAUAACUGCUCGGCUAACAGCGAGUCCAAAGAUUACUGUUACUCUGCUCGUAUUCGCAGCACGGUGCUGCAGGGGCUGUCGUUCGGAGGAGUGCCCACCGUGCUCGCCCUGGACUUCAUGUGCUUCCUGGUGCUGCUCUUUGUCUUUUCUAUUCUGCGGAAAGUUGCGUGGGACUAUGGCCGCCUGGCGCUGGUCACCGACGCCGACAGCCGAAGACGAGACAGAGAUAACUAUGAGCCGGUGAAAAGUGUUGCCUCGGCAAUGCACUCAGAAACGCCCGACCGCUACGAACGCCUCACGUCCGUCUCCAGCUCCGUCGACUUCGACCAGAGAGACAACGGCUUCUGCUCGUGGCUGACGGCCAUCUUCAGAAUAAAGGAUGAAGAGAUCAGAGAGAAAUGUGGGGAGGAUGCUGUUCACUACCUUUCCUUCCAGCGCCACAUCAUCGGCCUGCUGGUCGUAGUCGGAGUCCUCUCCGUCGGCAUCGUCCUGCCCGUCAACUUCUCUGGAGACCUGCUGGUCAGAAUUAUCAGUAAAGAUGCGUUCCUAAGCCAAGGAGUACCCGGACCUCCUUCUAAAGAAGAAAACAACGCCUACAGCUUCGGACGCACCACGAUAGCCAACCUUAAGUCUGGGACGAAUCUGCUGUGGCUCCACACCUCGUUUGCCUUCAUGUAUCUGCUCCUGACCGUCUACAGCAUGAGGAGACACACGUCCAAGAUGCACUACAAGGAGGACGACCUGGUGAAACGCACUUUAUUCAUUAACUGCAUCUCUAAAUACGCUGAGGAGAGUCAGAUCAAACAGCACUUUGAACAGGCGUAUGAGAACUGCACCGUGCUGGAGGCUCGGAUCUGCUACAACGUGGCCAAACUGAUGUCUCUGAAUGCAGAGAGGAAGAAGACGGAGCGCAGUAAGAAGUUCUUCACCGACCUGAUGGCGAAGGAACACGUUCCCACCAUGAUCAACCCCAAACCCUGUGGACACCUGUGCUGCUGCGCCAUCACCGGCUGCGAGGAGGAGGAGGCGGUGAGCUUCUACACGAAGAGAGAGUCCAAACUGAAGGAGGAGUACAGGAAGGAGAAGGAGAAGGUCCACACCAAACCGCUGGGCAUGGCCUUCGUCACCUUCCAGAACGAGUCCAUGACCGCCAUUAUUUUGAAAGAUUUUAACGCCUGUCAAGUUCAGGGUUGUCGGUGUCGACAGGAGCCACGUUCCUCUCAGUUCAGCGACGUUCUUCACGUUCACAACUGGAGCGUUUCAUACGCACCUGACCCGCAGAACGUCCGCUGGGAGCAUCUGUCGCUGGGUGGGAUCUCCUGGUGGAUCCGCUGCUUCAUCAUCAACUGCAUCCUCUUCCUCCUGCUCUUCUUCCUCACCACACCUGCCAUCAUCAUCUCCACAAUGGACAAGUUCAACGUCACCAAACCCGUCGAGUAUCUAAACAAUCCCAUCGUCACUCAGUUCUUCCCGACUCUGCUUCUCUGGGCGUUCUCUGCUCUGCUGCCAACCAUCGUCUAUUACUCUGCGUUCUUCGAGGCUCACUGGACCAGGUCUGGAGAAAACAGGACAACGAUGCACAAAUGUUACACCUUCCUGAUCUUCAUGGUGCUGCUGCUUCCGUCUCUCGGACUCAGCAGUCUGGAUGUUUUCUUCCGUUGGCUCUUCGAUAGAAAGUUCCUGGCUGAUGCUAAAGUCAGAUUUGAGUGCGUCUUCCUGCCUGAUAACGGAGCUUUCUUCGUCAAUUAUGUCAUCGCCUCUGCGUUCAUUGGAAACGCCAUGGACCUGUUGAGGAUCCCGGGUCUACUCAUGUACAUGAUUCGGCUGUGCCUGGCUCGCUCUGCCGCCGACCGCCGCAACGUCAAGAGGCACCAGGCCUAUGAGUUCCAGUUCGGAGCCGCAUACGCCUGGAUGAUGAACGUCUUCACGGUGGUGAUGGCCUACAGCAUCACCUGCCCCAUCAUCGUCCCCUUUGGUCUGAUGUACAUGCUGCUUAAACACCUGGUGGACCGAUACAACAUGUACUACGCCUACCUGCCGUCCAAACUGGACAAGAAGAUCCACUCGGGAGCCGUCACCCAGGUGGUGGCUGCACCCAUCCUCUGCCUCUUCUGGCUACUCUUCUUCUCUACUGUACGCACAGGUUUUGAGACACCGACCUCCAUGUUUACUCUGGUGGUGCUGAUCGUCACCAUCGUGGUCUGUCUGUCCCACAUCUGUUUCGGACACUUCAAGUACCUCAGUGCUCACAACUACAAGAUCGACACCAAGGAGAAUGAUGUAGACACUGUUGAAAACGGACGUCCAGCUCGUCCCUCGUUCUCGCCCGUCACCAAAUCUCAGCAGCAGCAGCAGCAGCAGAUGUACAUCGCCCAGGUGCUUCAGGACCCAAACUCGGACGAGCCAGGGGGUGGCAGCGGCGAGGAGGACCGCGGGUCGUCCCAGGAUGAGGAGCUGCUGAACGGAGGAAACAGCAUAAACGAGGCGGAUUUCCAGUCAGGGGAGGACAGUCUGAUUGCCAACGAGGUCCGCCAGUAGCUGGAGGUGGAACCAAAGGGAGCAGGUGGAGCUAGCUGAGUCCUCAACCAUACAACAUGGAGAAUUAAUGUGAAUCACUACACACACACGCAGAUAAACAAACAGACACAGUUAGCUCCACCCCCUCCCUGCUCGAAGACUUGACCCUGACCUUUGACGCCGGCGCUGGGUCGCCAAUAUCCAGUCCUGCUUGUCUGUAGAAACUUGGUGGACAUCAAACUGUUUCGCAGGAAGUCACUGUACAUAACCACAAAGCCAAAAGUUUUUCUUAUUUUGUUUUGAGGACUGGGUUUAAAAUUUUGUGCCUGGGCUGGACUUUGUUUGUUCGUACUCGUGUCUUGACUCAUCAUCCCACCGCGGGUCGCAGGGACUCCUACCAGGGGUCAGAGCUGACGCUGUCUUUUUCCUCGGCCUGGUAAACGCCACCAAACAAUUUCUGCUGUCGCCGUCCUCCGGUAUCGGAGAGCUAAUAAUUCGCCAAUCUCUCGUAGUGGUAGAAGCUUUGCUUAUGCAGACGCAUCACGGCCUCCUUUCCCUUUUCACUUUCUCCUCUUUCUUUUUAUGGAACCCGUCGGUUGUGGAUUUUGCUGGAACAUUCAACACAUUACCUGGAAGUUUUGGAUUUUUUUGAUCUGCCAAGCUUGUGCUGCAUGUUGCUGUCUGCGUUGAAGAUAUCGCCACCAAACGAUGUCAUCCAUCACAGGACUGUAGUGAACGCACCUGAUCUCCACUCAGUCCCAGCAGCACGUCGUCCUACCCGCUGAAUGAACGUAAAGCUUCUGGCUUUAGUUGGAUGACUUCUCGGCCAUCGAACAACUGGAUUCAACACAAGGAUUCCUUCCUUCCUCAGUUUUGAUUUCACCUGAACUACCUUAAAUAAUGAAUACAAGACAAAGGGAACGGGGAUGUUUGUGUCUGUGUAGGUUUAGCAAUCAAGACUCUUCAUUGGCGGGAGAACUUUGUGAAGACGCUCUGUUAUGUCCAGCAGCAGCAGUUGAGUCGUUGAGUUCAGGUGGAACAGCCGCGCUUUUCAACCGGACCGUCGAUCCUCAACACCUGAAGCUGUCAGGAAGGACUCUCAAGGGAAAAAGUUUUUUGUUUGUGUGUGUUUCGAAGUGUGCACUCUGUUUGUUUGUUUGUUUGUUUGUUUGUUUGUUUGUUUGUUUGUUUGUGUGUGUGUGUGUGUGUGUGUGUGUGUGUCCAGUAGCUUAUCGUACACCAGCCUUCAGAAUUAAAGGUUCAUCAACAUCACCAUGUAACCAAAACACCACGUUAGGCUCACAUGAAGCAUGUUUGACCCUAAAAGUCACCUGAUGUUGAGUCUUUUCACCUUUUGGUCCAGGAUGUCUUAGCCUAGCAUAGUACAAAAGACCAACCAUGUGCUUGUUGUACACGUUGUCUUCUUGUUAGCAUCUUUCAAAGACUUCUUUGAUAUUAAGAUUGAAAUAUUAGUGUAUUGGUCCAGUUAGCAUAAAGGUCUAGGUUUUCACCCCUGGCUCUAGUCGACAAAAUCCAGUUGUCUCCUGUGUGGAUUUGGUGGCGAGCUAGCUUGCUAGCUACCAAAACCUGGAACACUUGACCCUUAAAUCUGAGAUGUUGACCAAAGGAGGAUCUGUGUACAAAGCGUUAGAGCCCAAAAUGGAGAACGAUAUCGUAGCUUAUUAGCUGUGUCACUACGCUGCACCGUCAGAGUAUAAACUUCUCAUCGAUAGAGACGCGGUUGACGGACAGUUCACAGACUGUUAAUGCGUUUAACACUGUGGAGCCAAAGUGCCCUGUCACCGACUGAGCUAACGAACUAGCUAACUGUCAUUCUACUUUUUUUUCUCUUUUGAUGGAGCUAAACUCACUGUUUCCAGUCUUUGUGCUAAGCUAGGCUAAACAUGUCCUGGACAUAGAUUAGAAAAAUCUGUGAUGUGGCUGAAUUUAAUUAAAAGGACAUUGAAUUAUCAAACAUCAAGAAAAUGUAAAUGUUCAUCAGUUUGAGAAUUGACUGAAACGUUGUUGAUACAGAAUCUUUUGAUUGUUUGUCAUCACUUCCUUCCUGAUCUGAUAUUAGGCUUCGUCCGAUUGUUCACGUUUAGUCGAUUGUCUCUUCUCAUGUUCACUUCAUCCUCAUGAUCUCAGCUUUCACUUGAUUUCUAUAAAAAACAUGUUUCUAGAUUUCCCUAUACAAAUUUCUAAUGGACAUCUGUCAUCCAAUCAGCAUCUGGUAUUUGCUUGGUCUUUUAUACAGUGAAGUAUGCUUGACGCUCUUAUACUUGCUUUUAUCUACACAGUCACGUACUCAUGGUUGCUACACCAACCUUUGUUCUUCAGAGCAUUGAAGAACAAGUCAGAUAUAAAUGUAAAGUAAUUAUAGUAAUGAAAUGACGACCGUCACCAGCACAUUUUCGUUAGUUAGCGACCGAAAUUAAUAUUUGCUCCAUGAGUGGUCCCAUGAGUUUCUUGAAACUACAGCUAGCUAACUCUGUCAUGGGUAAUGUUGGAAGGACUAAACUAAGAAAUAAGUAUAUUAGCUAAUGAUGUGCUGACUCUUGUUGGUUUAGGAAAAACUAAAACAGACCAAACGGGUCAAGGCAAGUUAGGCUCUCAUGAAAGACUUGAUCCAGUGGCAUCAUGGGAAAUGAAGUGUGAUUCAUGCAUCCAUAUCCUCACCUCAGCUUUAACAUUUAUUUUUCAAUUGGUAUAAUUCAAGUCCAUUAAACUAUGUCUUGUGCUUGAGGUCCUCUUACUAGAAGACGACUGUUGCUGAUCUAAGUCGAUACUUCCUGGUGUCCUCUGAUGAUUCAUAUCUGAUUUAAACCCUAGUGGUCAACUUCAUUAAUUGCAGUACAAUUAAAUACAUAAGUAAUGACACAGUCAUUGUGUAAAUGUUUGUGUAGAUUAAAAGCAAGUAUGAUGUUUGGAUGGGGGGGACAUUAUUGGUUGCCUUGGCAACAGGAAAAGGAUGCUGACAUGGCGUCAUUAGGAGGCGAUGCAAGAACCGACAGAAUAACAAAAACUUAAGCUUCAGUGCAGCGACAUGCCGACAACAAAAGUCUCAGGAUGUUGGUUUUCCUACAAUAAUGUUUACAUCAGUUUUUGUUUCUCAUUAAAAUUUUCGUCAUGUUCUGCUGUGUGUGUGCGUGUGUGUGUGUGUGUGUGUGAGACACAGGGCUGGACUAUGAAAGCUGUAGCCACCAGGAUGUUAGUUGUAGUCUGGUGCUACACGCCGGAGAACCUGCAGCAUUUGUGUCCAGAGGAUGUAGAAUUAUUUUAGUUUCCUCUUCACUUCCAGCCGGCGUCUCUCAGGCGCUCCGGCCGUGAUUGUAUGCACGUGACAGUGAAACUGAUGGAGAGUCACAUUGGAUCUGAGACCGGAGGUCCAGCAGCUCUCAGUCUGGAGUUUCAGCUCAGUGAUCAGACUGUAAAUCCACAGAAAUCUCUCGUCUGCUAUCAUGUCUGAUCAUAUCACACGAGCUUCAGCAGCAGAUGGAAUAAGCAGUGAAGUGUAGAUGUUUAUUUUUCUGAUCAUUUCAGGGUGGUUCAUAUCUGAAUGAAGAACACAUAAUAUGGUCAAAAGCUCCUGAACAUCUAGUGAGUGAAACUCGUAAUGAAAGUUCAGGAACUGUGACUGAAAUCAAUCUGAUUCUUGUCAUUUUUUGUUUAAAUAUUCAAAUCACGUGAGAAUUCAGAUCUGCAGAUGCGACUGUUCUUUGAAUUCUAAACGAUCUGAGGGAUCCUCUGGUGACGAUGUUCUCUGACCACGGACCAGAGGUUAUAACACGCUAACAUGCUAACUUCAGUAGAGAAGAAGUGAUAGAAAGUGAAGAAAACAAAAGUUAAUGUUGGUGUUGUUUCACCUCUGGAGACAUCGGUUGAUAGAUUAGUGGGCUGCUAAUGCUAACAUUAGCUACGUAGCUCUCGUAAAAACAUGUAUAUAGCCCCUUUCAACAAAAACCUCCAGAAUUCCAGGCCAAAAGAGUCUCGCAUGGUUUGGUCUGGUUUGAUCUGGCUCAGUCCGGUUUGAUCUGGCUCAGUCUAGUUUGAUCUGGCUCAGUCCGGUUUGAUCUGGCUCAGUCCGGUUUGAUCUGGUUCUGAGGAGCUGAGCUGAAGGUUGAGAGCUGCUGCGUUCACUGACGUCUCGAUGUUAUGAAGUGAAGACGCUGGUGUAAAAAAAGUGUGUGAUAUUUUUGUAACUGACUGAAGUAUUUGAUACUGAAAACAUGUUAAAGAAACGUCGAUAGCUGUGACGAUGCUGUUGUAACAUGUAACUAAAGGUUUUUAAUAAUCAGCCGCUGCUUUUUGCUUUUGGUAGUUUUUUAAAUUGUUGCUGAACUUACUGAAUUGUUUGAAAAUAAGAAUGUGAAGAGCUGAAAGCUACUGAACCUGAAAACAUGUGUAAAAAAUGUGUGUAAAUAUUCAUGGAACUGCACCGUCGUCAUCGGAGAUGAACACAACUCAGCGUCUCGUCGUACCGACUCCGAGCUAACGUCAACUGGUCCAUUUCAUGCAUUUAAUUUAUUAAUGUGACACUUUAUUUUUACUUUGCUUUCCAGGUUCUAUGUACAGUGAAACAUUUGUCCUAUUUAUGUUACUUGAUCAAUAAAAACUUACUUCAUC